CUCGUGGAACGAGCGAUGCCUCCGCUCCGGAGCCCACUCCACUGUGCCCGGGUCACAGAUUGGGCCCCCGACGUGUGGCCAGCGUGCAGCGCGAGCACCAGGCUGCUCAGGCGUGAGGCCCUCAGUUCCGGAGGCUGGGGGAGCCGUGCGAAGCCGGGCGGGGUGCCGGCAGCUUUCGCUUUGCGGCGGUCCGGGUCCGGGCUCCGGGCAGGCGCGCCCCCCGCCCCCGCCGGCCGCGGCCCCGCCCCUCCGCUUCCUCCCGGGUAUCUGGCACCGCGGCCGCUGGGCGACAGAAGAGCCCGAGCUGGCGAGGCGGCGGCAGCAGCUAUGGCAGGGACAGAGUUGGAACGGUGCCAGCGGCAGGCGGAUGAAGUGACAGAAAUCAUGCUCAACAACUUUGACAAGGUCCUGGAGCGCGAUGGGAAACUGGCGGAACUGGAGCAGCGUUCAGACCAACUGCUGGACAUGAGCUCAGCCUUCAGCAAGACAACCAAGACCCUGGCCCAGAAGAAGCGCUGGGAGAACAUUCGUUGCCGGAUCUACUUGGGGCUGGUGGUGGGCGGUGGCCUGCUCGUCCUCCUGAUUGUGCUGCUGGCCAUCUUUCUCCCACAGGGCAGUGGGGGCAGCAGUGCCCCACAGGCCCAGGACGCAGGCGUUGCCUCAGGGCCUGGGGACUGACCCAGCCGGGCCUGGAGGAGAGGCCGAGUGGCCGCACUGGCUGGUCCUGGUCUCCAGAGAACCCUGGCGUUUGCUCCCAUCUGAGCCACCCAACUGAGCACUGAAGAGCAACCCUGAUAUGUGCACCUUUGCAUCGCCUACCACGCCACAGACUGGCCCUUGCGGGCAGCCUGCUGCAUUGGCCGCUGCCAGGCCGGCCCCACUUGGAGCUCAGUAAAAGCUGCUGUUUGGUUAAAA